AUGGAUUCCCCUGCAAAGGGCGACGCCCGUCAGGGUUUAAAGGGAAGUCAGAAACACAUAGAAUUCCAGUUGCAACGUGAAAAGGCCUACACCCGUGAGCUUCAAGACAAGAUCAAGUCACAGCAAGCUCACAUAGCCAAACUUGACCAAGAUAAAGCGGAGCUAAGACGUGAGCUCAUCACGCUCACUGACGACGAGAAGAAGAAAACGAAACUGGAGGAAAAAUGUCAUGCGUUGCAAAAGGAACUUGCAGAAAAGCAGGCCGCAUUGAUAGUAGAACAAAAACGGGUCACAUCCGCCGAGUGCGAAAAGGAGCAAAUCCGGCGUGAUGCCCACGCUUCCAUAGCAAAAUGGUGUGAGGCUGAGAAACAAUGGAUUGCUGAGAACGAGGCCCUCCAAAAAGAAUUAGACGAUGCAAAAGAGACCCUUGUAAAGUUAAAGGGCGAAUCUGAAGCACUGGCAAACAGUCGCGAUGAUAUAUUGAAACAAUUACAACGUGAAAAAGAGCGUUCUGCACGGCUAGAGUCCACUGCUGCCGUAACUGAGAAGAAGAUAGCUUCUUUGCAUUCUCGUAUUGAGUCAUUACAGAAUGAUAUAUAUACACGUGAUGAAACCGUCUUUAAGUUGGAUGAAGCUGGCAAUAAAUGGCAAGAGAUAUGCCACUCAAAGGACGAUGAAAUUAGAUCUUUGGAAGUACAGAAUAAAAAGCUGUCGGAUAAUAUUGAACAACUUCAAACCACCAUUUCUACGCUUAACCAACGCAUUGAGGCCAUCAAGUUGCUAGGUAUGGAAGAGAAGGGGAGAACCGAGAAGAUUUUAUGUGAUCUGCGUGAGUUUGAACAAGAAAACAAACUUCUUCAAAUGGAGUUGGAAGCAGUUCGUCGUGAUCUUGAACAUGCCUCACAAAAUGCAUCUAAGCAACAGGAAAUGAUAACAGAUCUGCGUGCAAAGCUAGCGGCAUCAGCCGAGCAAUUAAAAGAAAAGAACUCUGAAAUACGAAAGCAGGAACUAACUAUUAGUCAACUCACAGCAGAUUUUAAGCAGGCAGAGCGAGAAAGAACUGAUAAUAGUUAUUUGGCGAGUUCUCUACAAAAUGAGCUACAGAGUCUACGCAAUGCAUUUGAAGAGGCACAAUCUUUGGUAAAAUCCCUUCAGGAAGAGAAGGCAUUAAUUGAAGUUGAAUUGCAACGGGCGAAAUUAUCACAUGAAGCAAAGGAUGAAGCAGUUGUAAUUAUGAAAUCUGAACUUGAAGAUAGGAUCGAGGGUCUUUUUCUCGAUAUCAAAAAUCUUGAGUCAGAGGUAAUUGCAAGACAAGAAAUGAUCAACAACAUAACAAAACAGUUGGGUGACGCGAAUACCAAGAAUGAAAAGCUUCAUGGAAAGGUUCUACAAGGCUCUGACCUUUUAACACAGCUUCGCAAUAAACUUGAGGAACUACAGAAAGAGAUAAAUAAAAAUCGUUUUGAAAAUUUUUUUCACGAGGAAGCCAUGGCCAGGUCCAAGGUACAGGAACAAUACUUUGGAGGUAUGCAGGAUAUUAUUUUGCUGCUCAGUGGGGAGAAUGGCGCCUUAUUGACACGAUACUUUAAUGAAAUCUGUCGAUUAGAUAACGUUACCCGGGUAUUGGAUGCUGAAAAGGUCGCCGCAGGGCAAAAAUCAGAUAAAAUGAAGGUUAAUCUUGAAGAAGAACUCCAAAGGCUGAAAGAGCGUGAAAUAAAACAAACUCAUGCAAUCGAAACAAGAAAUGUUGAGAUUGCAGCACUUCAAGAAAAGGUAGGAAAACAUGAGGAAAGCCUCAUAUUGUUGAGGAGUGAAGUUGAGGCACAGCGCAAGCGGUGUGAAGAAUUUAAAAAUAUGAACACGUUGCUAUCCGAUAAGAUUGUUGACGCGGAGAAUCUUCUACAAGAAAUGUCAACUGCCUCCGAGAAGCAGAUUUAUUUUUCACACUAUUUCACAAGACAGCUUGAUGACACCGCAGGGUUACUGAUGUUUUUUUCUGAGCAUUAUGUGAAUUGGAUAUUUAAAAAAGUGAAUAUUGUUGUCAUGGAAUUUGAUAAGGCCUAUGCUAAAGAAAACGAGAGGGUUUUAGAUGCCCUGAAUCAUUUAAGGAAAGUACAGGAAGAAACCAAGGAAAGAUAUACAAAUCUUCAAAUGAAGUUAAACGAUGCAGAGUUUCGUCUGGGAGAAAGAGAGAAGGCUUCCGUUGAGAAAUUUGAGAACUUCCUAUCCGAAAUCCGUCUUAUUGAAAAACAAAGAGACGUUGCAGAGAAAAUGAAGAAGGAUAUAUUGCGGAAAUUGGAUUCUGUGAACGAUCAACACCUUGCCGAGAUAAAUAAAAAAGAUGAACAGAUACAUGAACUUCUUGUGAAUUUGGAUGCCGAAAAGCACAAAAUUCAAACUGUUGAAACAAAGUUUCAGAAGCUUCAGAAAAAAUUUGAUUACGAAGUUGAACGAAAGAAGGAGUAUAAACGGGCCUUGGAAGAGGUGAAGGCGAAGCGUGAGGAGGCAGAGAGAUAUCGAGCAACUGAAAAGGAUUGGGCAAUGAAGGCUAUUCACCGCGCAAAUGAGGAAGUGAACUAUUGGGUAAGAAGCUUUGAGAAGCUGAAAUCUAUGUUGGACGAAAUAUCCAGGAGAUCAGGUACACAAGUCUCUGCUGUUGAUCAAGCGAUGAUUAAUAGCUUUGAGGAGGCAAAGAAAAGAAUUGUACUACGCGAUCAAGUGGUUAACAUCGUUUCUUCCGAGGAAGAAAUUCACAAGGGGAAACGCAGCAGAAUAGAAUAG